CGUUAUUAAAGCCGGCAAUCCAGAGUGCAUACUGAAUCGUGGCAACCUUUUCCUCCAUCUGCUUUCAUCCGUCCCUCUACGCUAUUUUUUUUGUUCAUUCUUCCUACUGCGCAAUAUCAAGCUAAAAUGUCAAGCGCGCAGGUCAACCUGGUUGUGGACAACACAAUGGGUGCCGCCUUCAUCGGUGUCAUCAUUGCUGCUUGUCUGUACGGGGUGUCCUGCGUCCAGACGUGGUACUACUUCAAUCAGUAUCAGAGCGAUGUGUGGUACAUCAAGUGUCUGGUCGCGGUAGUCUGGUUGUUCGAUUCCAUUCAUCAGGCCUUGAUAUCCCACACAGUGUAUUACUAUGUUGUCACCAACUUCAGUAAACCAGCAGAGCUGGAAAAUUUGGUUUGGAGUAUUUUGUUGGAAGUUUUAUUCAAUGGAUUCAUUGGUUUCUUGGUCCAAAGUUUCUUGACAAUGCGCGUUUGGCGUCUAAGCAACGAAAAUCGUCCACUUACCGCCGUGAUCGCUGCUAUGGUGUUGGCGGAGUUCGCAUGUUCUAUCGCAUUCACAAUUCAGUCUAUGGGGCUUUCCACCUGGGCUGAUCUGACUCACAUGAGAGGUUUGUCGAUGACCGUCAACGUCGUCGGCGCGGUAUCGGACGUUCUUAUAGCCGCGAGUCUCUUUUACUUCUUGCAUCGUUCGCGGACAGGCUUCAAAAAAUCGGACACGAUGAUCAGCAAGCUGAUUUUGUUCAGUGUCAGCACGGGUCUGAUGACCAGUAUAUGCGCUGUAGCGUCGCUCAUCACCAUCCUAAUCUGGGGCAAGACUCUUAUCUAUGUUGCUUUUUACUUUAGUUUGGGAAGACUUUAUUCCAAUUCCGUACUCGCCACUCUCAACGCCCGGAAGAGCAUCAGAGGCCUUUCCGAAGCGGGCGACACUGGCGAUUUGACGCAUUCUCUCAACACUUUCAAGACCGGAUUGCCACGCUUUGCUACCACUGCGCCUCGUCAAACAAACAUUUCUAUCAAGAUCGAUACCACGCAAGAGUGUGUGCGAGACGAUAUCGGUGAGGGGUUGGAUUCGGCUGUAACUGAAAAAUCGGAAAAAUCAUUCAAAGAUUCGGAUGAAGGCAUUCAUGCGCCUCACGACCAGCAGUAAACGCUCAAUUCUCGCGGAUUUUAAGGACACUGAGGAGGAAUUUUGGUAGCACAGUGCUGGUCAUAUAUAGUGGAUUGGACAGUUUCUCUAGCACUCGCUGGCAU